CCAGAUGGACCCAAACAACCAACACCACUAGCUUUCACAGAUUUAAAAUAUCUUCAUGUUACUGGAACAAAUAGUAUGUCUAAUAAUUUAAACAUGAAUAACAAAAAAAUAAAUCUCUUAGCUUCACCAACAAGCUUAAAUGAUGCUGCAAACAAAAAAUAUGUAGAUGAUACACUUCUAUUAAAUAAUAUAGCUAUGAGUAAUUAUUUGAAAAAAGAUGGUACUGUUGCAAUGACUGGUAACUUAAAUCUUAACAACAAUAAAAUAGUUGGUCUCGCUACUCCAACAUCAAAUACAGAUGCCGCAACCAAAAAAUAUGUGGAUGAUAAUGCUGGAAGUCCAGAUUUGAGUGAUUACUUGGAAAAAGAUGGUACCGUCACUAUGACUGGUAACCUUAAUCUUGGUAAUAAUAAAAUAGUUAACCUCAGUGACCCCACCACAGAUCAACAAGCUGUUAAUCGCGGAUGGGUUCGUAAACAAAUAGAAAGGUUUGAUCAUCAUUCUGGAGAAGGAACAAGUAGUGUAUUUACUAUAACAAAUCCAGCUGCAUCAACGACUUUGUAUCUACAAUAUAUCUCAGGUUCAUCAUUUGAUGAUUUUGUUUUUACAACAUCAUCACCUGGUCAACCUCUUGUAGGGUGGACACCAACUGCUAACACAUACAUUAACAAAAUAGAAUUUCAAUUUGGUUCGCGAAAUAUAAACGUUGACUUUCUGUGGUUUAUACCCAGAGAUGGCUCUCAUUCCAAUUCUAACUUUUGGGUAAGUGGAAAUCAAACUGGCACUUGGUCAUUAAAUAUUCACAAGUCUUGGAACUACAAUAUGUCAGGAGUAAAACUAAGAACCCAUAACAAUUCAAAUCACACAGCUAUCACUUGUCGGCUAUUGACUGAUCUACCCAAAGCGAUAACCAAACCACUUAAGAGAAUAGAAAUUAACACACCUAAAAUUGUAAUAAGUGGGCUUGUAAAAGCUGAUGUCAACCUUGGUUGUAAUAAAAUAGAGAAUCUGGGUGUACCAACCCAAGACAAUGAAGCAGUAACCAAAGGUUAUGUCGACAAUCUAGUUCAUCAUACUGCAGUUCAACCAAGUCAUUACAAAAAUGAGUUUGCUUAUCUCAUGUCAAGUGGGGCUCAAUGGACUGAUGAAAUAGAUGGAGGAGUUAGUUUUGUUAUAAGAAGUAUAGGAAACUUAACUCCUUCUAAAGGUAAUUUUCAUGACUAUAACCACAAAGUUAUUUACAUGUCUAUAAUCAAAAAUUCUCAAGGUAAAUAUAUUUAUAAGAUGGGAAUUAAUUUUUUCAGACUAGCUGCAAAUACUGAUUACACGUUGUGUUUAGAAAUACUCAACACAGAUUAUAAUCUUUGGAAUAAUAGUAAAAUAAGUGUUGACAAAGGAACUUCAACAGGAUUGUCAGUUGGAAAUGUAGGUGUAAAAAAACUUUCCCAUAGGUGUACUGAUUUAACAGGGAAAACACAAACUAUGUACUACCACUGAAUAAUAGUUAAUUUCCGAAAGUUGUCAUCUGGGAAUAAGUUCUUUCUUCACAUUUUAGUUGAUAUUCUUCGUGGUGGAUAUAACUUGACUACUUAUCCGAGACAGUUUUUAGGGGUUUAUAUGAUUGCUUAUGGUAUUAUGGGUACAUUUAGCAAUAUCGAUCCAGAUAAAGUUUACGACUAUCACACCGCAUUUGAUAUUAAACCAACAGAAGUUAAGUAUAAUGUUGACAUUAACAGAAAUAAUAAAAAAAUACUAAAUAUUGCUCUCGACAGAAACAGUAAAAAUAGCGCUGCCACAGUUGCUAUGGUGAAUGAGUUAGUUGAUUAUACAACAAAUAUUGUUUACAGAAAAUAUUUUAGUGAAUUCUUUGACUUUACUAAUGCAAAUAGUUAUGUAUUAAAUAAACAAUCAUCUGGAGUUGUUUUUAAUGCUUUAUCCUCGGUUACAGGUAAUUCUGCAAGAAAUCUUACUUUUCCAAAUAAAACAAUUGACAUUAUAAAAAAAGAUGGAUUGAAUGUUAAUGGUUAUACCAUUUCUUACUCACCUGCUACUGGUCAUACAAGUUACACGUUAUGUAUUAUUUUUAAUCUUUGGAGAAAUAGGAAUUUUAGCAUUACAAAAAAAGAUAUAAAUAGUAAUCAACUUUUACUAUAUUUAUAUUAUCUUAAUGUAAAUAAUACACUAAAUUUACAUAUCAGUAAUACAAGAAAAAAUAUACCAAUCCCAAGUAGUUUUAAUGGAAAAAAAGUAGUUUUAUGGUUAGCAGAAAAUAUUAGAACAAGUACUACAAAAGUUAAAAUAAGUAACUACUCCGCAGAAAUAGUUGCUUCAGUUGUUAGUCACUCAGCUAAUCAAAAAUUUGAGUUUUUAGAUCAAGAUGGAAUAAUCGAAAAAUUUAUGUACUCCCCAAACUUUUACGACACCGGCUCUGUGGAUUAUCACAAAAUAAUUCUUCAGGAAAAGUUAAAUGGAUCAUAUAUAGUAUAGGGGAAGCUACUGCUCACUAAUGUAAACAAAAGAAUAAAUGAAAAGAAAUAGUAGUAAAAGAAAGAGUAUUUUUGAAUUUAAUCAUAUUGAUAAAUCUUUAUCAGAAGAGCAAAGAGAAACUAUAACAGACCUUUAUAAACAUUAUCACAAGAAACAAUGGUGUUAUAAAAAAUCUUAUAAAUCUUAUAAAUUUUUAGAUAAUUUUUUUUCUAUUACUAGUUUGUCUCUUAUUGCUGUUGGCACUAUUACAGGAGGACUAACAUUAAAUCCUAUUAUUCUUGGAGUAAUAAACGGAGCAGGAGUAAUUGUGGCUGGAAUUACAAAAAAGAAGGAUUUUAAGAAGAAGAUAGAAACAACAAAGCUGGCUUAUACUACGUAUGAGAAAGUAUUAGUAGAACUGCGAUCAGCACUCAGAGGAGAUGAGUGGAAUAAACAAGAAUUUAUAGAUCGUAUUAAAAUAUUAGAUGAAAUGAUAAUUGAUCAGUGUCCAUCAAGUGUGGAUAACUUUGCGGAGAAAUAUAAAAAUAAAUUUAAUAUAUAA